GCUGUUGACGAAUUUGAUGAAUGUCGUUCAGACGAGAGGAUCAUGGACAAGCAGGCUGUGGGGGAGGACGAUGAGUGUAAUAGCCCAACCUCUCCGGAGGCAAAUACCCGAAAGCAACCAAACAACGUGCAUUCAUCCAACAUCCGGGCACGACAAACCACGCUCGAAGAGGGUGGGGCAAUCGUGUCAAAGAAUGAGGAAGCCCAACGGUGAAUUGAUGAUUGGUUGGUGUUUGAUUGGAUCUCAUUCACGAUGGUGCGCAGCAAGUACUUCUUGAGGAUGUUGCAGAAGGUUCGUGAAGCGGAGCGGUCCUUCAUCCCUGCGAAGUACGAUGUGCAGCGAACGAAAAGAUUAGACCUCAGUGAGGCGCGUGUGACGCAAGGAAUAGCACGGCAACAAAAACGAUGGGCACGCACAGGCUGCAUGCUCCAACUGGACAGGUGGAUUGAUCGGAGAGGACGACCACCCUUGAAUGUGAUGGUCUCCUUUCCGACCGGUGUUGUUUUUUGGAAAUCCCACUGCAUGUCGGGAAAGGAUAAAGGAGCGGAGGCUUACUUCAACAUUCCGUCGGAGGCAAUCAAGGAGGUCGGUGAGAAAGUUGUCGUCGGUGUCAUCAUGGACAAUGCGACUGUGUGUGCAAGAGCGGGCAGGCUGGUGGAGGACACAUUUCCCACCAUCUUUCAUGUACCAUGCGCAGCGCAUUGCCUGGACCUCAUGCUGCACGACAUUGGGCGGACAGAUUGGGUGAAGGAGGUUGUGGGAAAGGGCAAUGACUUGGUGAAGUUCUUCAUGAACCACCAACGCGUAUGUGACAUCUUCUACGUGCACUCCGGCGGGAGGCAGUUGUUGCGACCUGCUGCAACACGGUUCGCUACAAAUUUUCAUAUGCUCGACCGCUUAAAAAAGCAACGCAAUGCACUGGUUGCCACGGUCAGUCAUGAUGCUCGCCGGAAGCCGACCGUGGUACCUCAUGCGCAGCGCGACACAUUCUACGAGAUGGAGGAGAUCAUCCUUGAUGGAGCGGGCUCUUGGGAGGGCGUCAACAAAGUCAUCGCCGCUGUUUAUGACAUUGUCCUGCUGCUAAAGGUGGUGGAUGGCACUGGACCCACUGUCAGCAAAGUGUAUGCGAAGAUGGAUAAGGCGGUGGAAAGAUUGCGGGCCAAUUCAAAAUUGAAAAAGGAUGAGCGGGAGGACAUCGAGGAAAUGGUCAUGCGUCGAUGGAAUGCCAUGACCACACCGCUGCAUUGUGCAGCAUUAUUCUUGGAUCCGGAGUACCGCUCGUACGAGCCACAAAACGACCCGCAGAUCCAAGACGGCUUAACGUGGUUGUAUACGUGGUUGAGGGGACGGUCGCAGGAAGUGAUAGACCAGGUGGAAUAUGAGGUGGAUUGUUGGGUGCAGAACAUUGGGAAGUUUUCCACGGAGAAGGCGAUGGAAGCGGCACGGAAGCAGAACCCUGCAACAUGGUGGCUUCGGUGGUGUAUCGAGUUACGGUACUUGCAGCCACAUGCCAUUCGCCUUCUUGGCCAGGGAUCAUCUGCCUCGGGUUGCGAGAGAAAUUGGAGUCUCGUCGAGGCGAUCCACACGCGCCCACGUAACGGCUUGGCCCCCGAAACAAUGCAGAAACUCGUGUACUGCAGGUGGAAUAUGCGCAACAUAGAACUGCAGGGUGGUCUGCUGACCCUUCCUCGCCUUCUUCGUAGCAGCACUAGAGGAGGAGGACUCCUUCCGCCUCUUUUCGGAAGAACGAACGUAUCUCGAUGGGAGAAUGAGCUUUGCCAUGGUUCUCGGAAACUUGUGCAGCAUGAUCGUCGGAUCAUCCAAGAUGCUUUGCGGGGUCCUGGGGGGAUCUAUCGUAACGCUAUGGGUCAUCUUGACCAUUAUCUCCCGCAUGUGGAAGAAUACCACAGAGGCGAGGAUCGGCACGAGCGCGCGCUUUUAACGACGGAGCCUCCGGAAACAGAUAAUGCAGGUCAGAGAGAAGGUACCACAGGUCCACAGCACAUGGUCAAACCAUGUGAUGUUCUUACCGCAAUCCCCCUUGCCCCCCUCAAUGCAGCGGCAUUUGAGAUACGGUCUACCGACGUUCCAGAUGCGUUUCAGUUUUGCUGUCGCCGUCUGAACCCUGGGGCCCAUAAAACCCCUGACGGAGAGUGGAGUGCUGGAUACAGUGCAUUUAGUGCGGUCAAAAUUGCCUACCACUGGGAGAUUCAUGUUCUCGGCGGUGAGCGGAUAAUCACCUCUACAAAUCUCUGUGUUCUCCAUCAAUGCCUUCUCGUUGCAUUUCAGUAACUCUUGUUCGGAGAGGGACGCAAGAAAGCGGUAGGAGUCAACAUGGAUGGGCGCAACAUAGUUGAACGUAAGGAGAUCC